AAAGUAAGCAGUUUAACUUUACACCUCAGCAGCGAGGGUUUAUUCACGAAAACUUUACCAAAAAAAAAAAAAUGUUGAAAUACGUUUUGCUUGUAGUAUUUUUUAUGUGUUUCACAUGGCAUAAUUUACAAGCAGAAAGUGACUCCGAAAUCUCGAAUUCGGAUUUAAUAUUUCCGAACUUCUCCAUUCAGGCAUUGGAUGAGUCCAACUAUCGCGCGUUCCCAGCACAACAAAAUGAGAAAAUGUUCAUAAUGUUGGCUUAUACAACAGCUAACUGGUUUAAAGCUCAGGAGAUAUGUGGCUAUCAAGGACUCUCGUUGGCUAGCAUAAAUUCGAAAGAAGAAAAUGAUGCGCUGCAAAGUUAUUUAACACGAACUGGGCUCAAUGCGAAUGGGGAGAUCUUUUGGACUGCCGGUUCUAGACUUGCCGAUAACAACCGUUGGGUUUGGUUCCAUACAGGUCGUCCAAUCUCCUAUGUUAAUUGGCGUAUAGGUGAACCUAAUAAUUUGGGAGGUCAGGAAAACUGUAUCUCGUUUAUAACCGAUGGUCGAUGGAAUGAUUUAAGUUGCACAUGCGAAACUUUCUUCAUUUGCGAAACGCGCUGUCCAUUAACAAGUUAUGAUUCGCCGAUUUAUACUCGAAAAUGAAGAGUUGGUGAUAAUACGAGUUUUAUACCACGUAUUCUUAUAUAAAUAGUUUAAGUAAUUUUUUAUUAAUUUAUAUCGUAAGCUAAGUUCGACGUAUUAAAGACAUUCAAUGAAGUUUCUGAUGCUGGGAAGUUUUGCUGAACUAUUUAAUAAAGUUAGGGGUGGUUAAACUUCAAGUGCCGAUGUUGAAUGUGAACCACACUUAGACGUCAACGACACCGUUGGACUUCUUUCUUUCGGGUUAUUUGAAAGAAAAGGGGUACGUCGAUAAGCCGGCAACAGUUCAAGAGCUAAAGGAUGAGAUAAUUCGGCACAUUAACGCCAUAGAAGCUCAAUUAGCGUCA